AUGGCAAAACUACCAGCAUAUCUACAGUACAUAUAUCGUCGAUUAUUGUCGAGCUUCACUCCGUUGAUUAAAGAAGAAAGGAAAAGCAACGUAAUUUGUGAAGAAGAAAACGAAGAAGGAGAGGACGAAAACCGCGAGAGCGGUAAAUUCGUGCGUCAUCUGAUUAUGAAUGUAACAGUUGGAGGAGUUGAAUUACGGAAGUUGCUUUUCGUGUUGACAUUCUUGGUGUUGGCUGCAUUUAGUAAUUGGAUUGCCUUAGCUUACAUCCAUGAUUUCGUUGGAAGGGAGGCCUUGCCUGAUAUCGUCUUUUCAGUAGUACCAGAAUUGCUGUGGACACUAAAAGUUGGUGAUGCUAUGGUUACACUUUGUUCGACUUCCUUUUUCACCUUACUUUUUCUUCAUAAAAACCGUUUAAUUAUAAUUCAACGAAUUGCUUUUAUUGUGGCUUGUCUGUAUACUAUGCGAACAGUAUCACUACUAUGUACACAAUUACCUCCUGGUUAUAUCGAUAAUAAUAAGCGUUGCCGAAGUCAAAACAAUCAUACGGAUCGAGAUUGGGAUAUUAUUGCAUGGCGUGUCUUGUCCCAGGCCGGAAAACUCGGAUUUCAGGAUAUGGAUGACGAAAUGUUAUGUGGUGAUUUAUUAUUCUCAGGUCACACACUAGCUAUGGUUGUCAGUUCAUUAACAGUUGCUUAUUAUUUGCCAGAUUCAUUUAGACCACUCAGAUAUAUACCAUGUAUGUUAUCAUGGGUCGGCAUGAUCUGCAUGGUUAUUAGCAGGACUCAUUAUACCAUUGAUGUUCUUUUUGCUUAUUGGCUGUCAACUGCUGUAUUUAGUAUUUAUCACGCAUUCUGCGAAAUCGAUUUAAUAAAUCGCAAAUUAUCAGUUCUUUAUCGAUUGUGGGUCGUGCAAAUUGUCGAUUGGCUAGAAAUCGAUAUUACACCCGGAAGGCUAGAAAAUCGUUUCGAGUUUCCGUUACUUGUACAUCUUUAUAAAUGGUGGAGUAGUCCAUCAAGGAACCGUUACUACACUCAGAAGAGUAACUGUCAUCAUCAGAGGCAGCACCACCAGCAACAGCAGCAGCAGCAGCAGCAAAUCCCCGCUUCAAGUGCAUUCCCUAUAUGA